AUGGCAAUUCAAUCAACAUUCGCUGCAAUUGUUGUAGCACUAUGCUUAACGCCAAUUAUUGCUGCUCCAACUGGGAUUUUGCCAGCAGGUAUCCUUCCUCCAACAUCACCAGCAAAACUUCCGGCAUUACCACUGCCUCUACCGCUUCCACCGAUCACCCCACCAGUCACCCCUUCUCUCCCACCAGAACUUCCAACUCCACCAGUCAAUCUCCCUCCUCUCCCACCAGGACUCCCAACACCGCCAGUCGACAUCCCAACACCCGCAUCCAACUCAACACCCGCCACCAACUCAACACCCGCCAUCCUUCCAACGCCAACCGACAUCCCAGCUCCACCUGUGGUGCUUCCUUCUCCAAUCCCCGCCGUAACCGAGCUCCCACAACUCGUCGCUCUACUCCUCGCGCUCAUCCAAACCCUUUCAGACAUCUUGACUGUUUUAGAAGGCAAUGUAACACAAGCGGAUAUCAACUCUUUGGCUACUAAAGCCGUGGCAGCUAUCAAAGCUUCCAUUCCCGCACAGAAUAGCUUGAUAGAAUCGAGCACUGGUAUGCCACAAACAUCUGAUCUGAAUUUAUUCUCGUCGACGCAAUAUGGACUCGAGGCAGUUCUGAUUAACGGUACACCGGCUUCAACGCCGCCACAAGCGAAAAGUUUGUUGGAUCAAUUACAACAAUUCAUCAUCCCCAACGUCGAAGUUCUCAUCCGCGGAGCUCUAGCACACAUCCUCGGUCUCGCAAGUCUCAGCAUCCCAAGUGUUCCAGCAGGGCCACCAAUGGUACCUGCACUUCCAAUACCAGCACCAGCCAUCCCACCAGUCGUACCAGCUGAUCUACCUGUCAAUGUGACUCGAGCAUGA